AUGGCGGAACCCCAAGCCCACCGCCACAUCCCCGUCGAGAAGCUGCCCCAGGACGACGCCGAGGCCGCGCAGGAGGCCGUCGCGAUCGCCGAGUAUGCGCACGAGUACGUCAUCGACCCUGUGGCCGAGGCCAAGCUCGUGCGCAAGCAGGACCUGCGCGUGGUGCCCAUGGUCUUCCUCAUGUACUUCUUCACCUUCCUCGACCGCACCAACCUGGGCAACGCGCGCGUCGCCGGCAUGGAGGCCGACCUCGGCCUCGGCACCUACGGCUUCAACAUCGGCGCCUGCCUGUACUACGCCAUCUACUUCUUCGCCGACAUCCCCGCCUCGCUGAGCGUCAAGAAGUUCGGCUUCAUCGUGCUGCCGCUGAGCUGCGUCGCCUUCGGCGCCGUCACGCUGGCCACGGCCUUCAUCAAGAACGAGGCCAGCUUCUACGCCAUCCGCCUGCUGCUCGGCCUCACCGAGUCGUUCCAGUUCCCCGGCCUGAGCUACGUCGUCUCGCGGUACUACCGCCGCAGCGAGGUCACCACGCGCAUCACGUUCUUCAUGGUGCUCUCCGCGGGUCUCGCCAGCGGUUUCGGUGGCCUGCUCGCCUCUGGCUUCCUGUCCUUGGGCAGUAUCGGAACGGUCCACUCGUGGAGGAACAUCUUCCUGGUCGAGGGCAUCAUCACAGUUGGUGUCGGCAUCCUCGCAUUGUGGUUCUUCCCGGCGGACCCGUCCAAGACGCGCAUUUUCAACGAGAAGGAGCGCGAGCUGGCCAUGGCUCGCAUCUUCCAUGACCAGCCCGCCAUCGUCGAGCACAAGGAGCGCAUCACGUGGAGGCUGAUCAAGAGGGGCAUCUUCAACGUGAACGUCAUGGUCGGCUCCUGGCUCUACAUCUGCAACCAGAUCACCGUCCAGGGCCUGUCCAUCUUCACGCCCACGAUCCUGCGCCUGAACUACCCCGGCCGCUCCACGGUCCAGAUCCAGCUCCUGUCGGUGCCGCCCCCCAUCGUCGCCAUGAUCUACGCCCUUGGGGUGGCCUACCUUAGUAUGAAGACUCGUACGCACGGCUACGCCAUUGCCUCGUCGGCCAUGCUCUGCGUCAUUGGCUACAGCAUCUGGCUGAGCACCAAUAAUGUCCAGGCUCGCUACGCAGCCAUCUUUCUCAAUACCAUGGGAGGCUAUAGCUUUGGCUCGCUCACAGUCGGUUGGACGCUAGCAAACGCGGCGCCCGACACAGUGCGCAACGUUGCGAAUGCUGGCGUUUCCAUGCUGGCCAAUAUCGGGUCGAUCACCGCCACGUGGAGUUAUAUCAACACCGAUGCCAAGAACAACUACCGCAUCGGCAACAGCUUGAACACAGCUACCGCAUGUUCCGUCAUCAUCGCCACGAUCAGCCUCGUCUUGUAUCAGAAGUGGGAGAACAAGAAGCGCGCUGCUGGAGGCCGGGACUAUCGAUUAAAUGUGCCGCCCGAGCAGGUGGCUACUUUGGGAAAUAUGCAUCCUCAGUUCAGGUACAUUCACUGA